GGGACCCAGUAUGCUGAUGGAUUUAGAGACCGAUAGGAUUUCUAAUGCGCACUGUCUUCUCACUCCUCUCCAUAUCUGUCCGUCUCUCACUGGCGGAAGAUGUAAUUGUUUUCUAGGACUAGGAAUUAUAUCAAGGGUGAAUCUUUGCCUCAGCUGAAAGCAGUUAUAUUUUCAAUUUCCAAUGAUCAACUAGAGCUUAUCCUCCAUCGUCUCUCCGGUCUCCUGCGGGACGGAUGGCAAGAGAGGGUUGGGAGAGACGGGUGUUGAAGCUCUAGUGAAGGGUCUCAGCAGAAUAUUGCUGCAUUUUGGUGGUUCCCAACGGCAAUGCCAGAGCCAAUUCGGCCAUGUGAGCAUUGUGCAGGUGCAAUCAUGUGGCAAAGAAUUGUGAUUUGCUGUGCUCUGCUUGAGCUCUGUUCGGCGGCACCGCCCGCUCACAUCAACCGUCUGGCGCUGUUCCCUGACAAGAGUGCUUGGUGCGAGGCCAAGAACAUCACACAGAUAGUCGGGCACACUGGCUGCCAGCCUCGCUCUAUCCAAAACAGGGCGUGUCUGGGGCAGUGCUUCAGCUACAGCGUCCCAAACACCUUCCCUCAGUCCACCGAGUCCCUGGUGCACUGUGAUUCCUGCAUGCCUGCACAGACACAGUGGGAAGUGGUGACUCUAGAAUGCCCGGGCAUUGAGAACACUCCUCGUGUGGAUAAACUGGUGGAGAGGAUCCUCCACUGCAGCUGCCAGUCCUGCAGUAAGGAGGGAGCCCAGGAGGGGGCAGUGAUGCAGCUCUACCUAUCAGAGAGCGCCCAGGACCCUCCUUCCUUACCAGAGAGCCACCACGGCGGCUCACCCCCUCACUCCCACACAGACACACACUCUCAGCAUGCUCACAAACACACAGAGCCACACCAGCACACACACACAUCUGAUGGAGGGUAGGUCGCUCGAUCGCCGCUGACACUCCUCUCUCGCAGUUCCCGAUUCUUCUCCCAAAUCACUCCACAAGUUGUUUCUUAUACACACAGUUACAGUAUGAUGCAUUUCCCUUCUUUUCGAUUCAGCCACUGUUUCUUCAUUCAACACCUUUAAAGCACUUUGAAAAUAAAACCUCACUUAACAUGACAAUGAAAACUGCUUAUAAAAGCAUGCACACAGAAUCUCACUCAUGCUGUACUCUUCACAAGACAACCAUAGUAUAAAUUAGCGCAUUUAAACUCACCAGUUUAUACAUUGUUUGUCAAUCUAACUUCUCACGUAGGACAACGAAUAUCACAAUCCUACACACACUCAGGCAUGCACACUGACACAGCUAUAGACCUUUGAAGCUGUAGACUUAUUUCUGUUCAUCUGGCGUGGAUUUGUUUUUUAAUCAUAGAGCCACAGUACAAACUGUACAGUUUCUUGACUUAAUGUCUCUCACUAAUUUGCAUUAGUAUCUGACCUAAAGCUAUAUGUUCCAAUUUGUGCUUCUCAUACGAGAAUAAAGCUCUUUUUGUUCAAUCUUA